AUGAAGAGGAAACAUCCAGAGCAUGAGAAGCACCGAGUGACGAAGAGGACACAGCCCCAACCAGUACCCAGACAAGACAGGCUGCAUUCUUCUGUAUCGCCGACAGCGGUCUCGCCUACAGGAAGUAAUGGUGGCUUGCCAUCUCCUGGGUCCGUGCAUUCGAGCCCAGGAGAGGAGACGAGGUUCGAUAGUGAUGCGGUCUGGCGCCCGGUGAUGCGGUAUCAGCAGCAGCAGCAGCAAUUUGACCGUGGCCACCCCACGGAAAACCCAAAUAUCGCUAUGCCAAGGACCGGGAUAGCUAAGACACAACUGACAAGAGAAGAGCCGUUACAACAUCAAUCGACGACGUGCGACUCUGCUCUCAUCGAUCAGAUUGUCCAGGAUGCCACAGAUCUGGAGCGGAGCUUACUAUUAGGGACAUCUUUCCUGAAGUCCACCAAUCACCUUGACAACCAACUACAUCCGAUGACCACCUCAGAAGUCCAGCCACUCAAUACAAGUCUAGCCGAGUACAGUUUUAGUCACCCAAUUUUGGAUAGGUUGUCGCCGAAUGACAUCCCUCGACUCCAAGACGAUUGGGCCCCGACUGCCUUGCAAAUAUCAAGAGGCUGCAAUUUAUUUUUCGCCUCAGUCUCCCAUUUUCUCCCCUUCCUCCAUUCCUCGACCUUUGAUCCGACGCAAGUUCCUCCUCAUUUGGUUCUCAGUAUGCUUUGCCUCGCCUACCAAUAUGGCGAGGACCCAGAAUGCGGGGACCAAGAAGGCUCAGGCGAAAGCUUUUCUAUGCGUUGCUUCCAUAAAGCCCGAGCUCUCCUUGCCUCCGACGAAGAAAGGCCCGAUGCUUCAACAAUUAUCACCCCAUUGGUCCAAUCAUAUUUGCUCCUUCAAAUCUGUGCCAUGAUGUACCUUUGUGGCGACAACUCAGCAUGCGGCCUCAAAAUGCAUUCGCAUAUCAUAUCUCUAGUUCGCGCUGGACGAAUGACACAGCCAAUGACUGUUGAGUUGGGUGCGACCGCAGAUUUGGAGUCAUUAUGGCGAGAAUUUGUCAAAGCCGAGUCACACAAACGGACCCUUUUUGCAGUACACCAAAUCGACGCGCUUUGGUACCAAUUUCUUUCCAUUCCCCGCUCAAUCUCACAUCUGGAAAUCAAGCAUGAUAUGCCAUGCCCAGAAGACCAAUGGUCAUCAUCCUCUGCUGCCGAAUGGGCCCAUCGACAACUUGUUGCAAGAAAUGUCGGCCCCUCGGUCACUUACACCGAUGCUGUUCGACGCUUCCUUUCUUCUGAUGACGAAAUCACCUCCAUUCCGGCAUUUGACCCAUACGGCGCUAUCAACAUCGCGCAAUUUCUGAUCUCUAGCGCCCGGGAAAUCUCAGGCUGGUCUACAAUGACGGGGAUGCUCAGUAUGGAACGAUUUGGGGCAUUAAGAUCGUCCCUCGUUGCACUUAGUCCUUUUAUCUGCCCCGGAAACCACAUAGCGCAAGCAAGUCACGCCACUUCAUGCGCUGCAACUUGGGAGACUGCCAUGAUCGAGCUGCAGAUGUGGUCACCAUCCCACACUGGCGGAAUUGUGGAAGGAAGCAUAGAUGCCGUUCUCAGUCAGUCAACAUAUCUUGGACCAUCGCAAUUCCUGUGCGAUGCCAACACAGCCAAAAUUAUACAACCACAUGUCAACUGGUUCCUAAUAUAUCUAAAUGAAACGGUCAUACUGGACCCUGAAGCGCCGUGGGUGACCUUGUAUGCGUAUAAAGCUUUUUUGAUUGCCUGGCAGUUGAUACAUGCUGGCCUACCUGGUGCAAUGGACGCUGUGGGCGUCCGUGAUGGUGAUACGGAUGGAGCUCUGAUGUGGGCGAGAAAGGUCUUCGAGCGAAGACAGAAAUGGCAGAUUGGGAAACUCAUCUUGUCGUGUUUGGAUGAGCUAGAAAAAUGA